AUGGGGAAAGUUGUAUUAAAAGAUGGUUCAUCAAACAAUGAUACAUUUAAUCUUGAGGAGCCACUGUCUAGUUUAUGUAUGAACAUUAUCAAUGAUAACAAAGUCACUUCAUCUAAUCAAAAAUCAGACAAGGAUCUUCAAGGAGAUUCUCAAAAGAAACAAUUAAGCUUGCGAAAACCUGUUGAAGAAGAACUUUGUAAAAUUUGUGGGGAUCGUGCGUCUGGUUACCAUUACAAUGCACUUAGCUGUGAAGGUUGUAAAGGAUUUUUUCGGAGAAGUAUUACCCGUAAUGCUGUGUAUACUUGUAAAUAUGGGGGUCACUGUGAAAUGGAUAUGUGGAUGCGACGAAAGUGUCCAGCCUGCCGAUUAGUACGGUGUCGAGAAGUUGGUAUGAAACAAGAAUGUUUAUUAUCUGAUGAUCAAUGCAAGGCACGGGACGCCCGGCGGAAGGCAAAAAAAAAGCUCAGCAAAAAGCCAGACACAAAUAUUGAAGAAAAAACAUUUACAUCACCCAAUGAUUCAUUACCAAAUAGUGAUAAACUUUCCAGUAAAAUAUUGCCAAUCAACGUCAAGAAUACUGAUCCGCUCACCAAACUUUCACAACAGCAACAAGAACUUAUCAAAAAUUUAGUUUAUUACCAAGAAAAAUUUGAAUACCCCGAUGAGAGCUAUAUAAAUACAAUUAAAAACGUAUCCAGUGUAACUACAGAUAAAAGUCAAGAAGAAUUACAGUCCAGUAUGUUAGAACAGAUGGCUUUAAUUUGUGUGUUCAUGACCAAACUUAUCAUUGAAUUUGCAAAGCAGUUGCCAGGCUUCCAAGAAUUACCAAAAGAAGACCAAAUUGUGUUGCUAAAGGAAGCAUCAAAUGAAGUCACCACACUGAGGGCUGCUCGUUGUUAUGACCCUAAAAACAGGACAAUUGUUUUUAUGACAGGAAUACCAGUCACUCAAGAAAAUAUGAGUGCUCUUGGUAUCAAAAAUUAUGCUGAAGUUGCUUUCGGCUUUUUUCACAGCCUGUCUCAGUUAUGUACGGACAACACAGAGUAUGCUUUACUUACAGCAAUCUGCAUUUUCUCAGAACGACCUGGUUUGAAGAACCCUGCACUAGUGGAAAAGUACCAGGAGAAUUUUGUCAGUGCAUUGUAUAAUUACGAGCAUCAGAAACGCAAUAAUGGAGGCUGCGCAUUUGCUAUUUUGAUCUCAAGAUUAACUGAACUCAGAACAAUCAGCCUGAAGCACUCUCAGGACCUGCUUGACCUUGAGAUGGAUCGAACAUUCAUCCCAGAACUUGUCAAAGAAUUUUUCUCGAUUGAAUCAAAAGAAGAGACAACUUCACUCAUGUAA